UCCCGGGGCUCGAGAGUGGAAUGCAGCCCAGCACGCAUCCUAACAUGCCGCGGGAGAGGCUGGAGACAGCAUUGGUGCCCUCUUACCCUGCCUCGGCAGGGACACUUGUACAGUGCCAGCAGAUUGUCAAAGUUAUAGUCUUGGACAAGCCGUGCCUCGCUCGCAUGGAGCCGGCCCUCAACCAGACUCUGACACGCUACGUGUCCUCUGAUUCCUGCAGCUCCACCCCCUUGCGCGGUCUAGGCAGCGGGCUCCAAGGGACCCCGGUGAAAAUCAUCCAUCAGCCCCCGCUUCCGCCACCGCCGCCGCCCUACAACCACCCGCACCAGACCUGUCCCCCCAGCUCCUUGCUUCAGAGGCGCCGGUAUUCCAGCGGCUCACGCAGUCUAGUGUAGCAGCUCCACCAGCACUAGCCAAACAGCACAGACUUACCAUGGGACCCUUUUUCGGUCUUCAAAGAAAAAUCUAGUUUGUGAUUUAUUUUUUAGUAAAACUGAA